AUGAUUGUUGCUCUUGGUUCUACCAAUAAGCAUCGUGUGGUGCGUCAUGUUCGUUGGUAUCCUCCCCCUGAAGGUUGUAUUAAAGUAAAUGUGGACGGCUCUUCUUUUGGCAUUCCUGGCGAUGCAGCUAUUUGGAGAGGUCUUCAAAGGGCUUGGGAUCUUGGUUAUAGGUCAAUCAUCUUGGAAUCUGAUUCUCAGACAGCUUUGGAUUUGAUUGCAGAUACUAAGGAGAAUAAUUUUCAUCCACAUGCAACUUUACUCUCUUUAAUUAGAAAGUUCAUUUCUCUUCAUUGGGUGGUUUUCUUUACUCAUACCUUACGAGAAGGCAAUGAAUGUGCUGAUUGGUUGGUCAAGCUCGGUGAUACCAACGCCGACUCCUUGAAAAUAUGGACAACUCCUCCUCCUCAAUUAGAUAUCAUUUUACUUGAGGAUAUUUUUGGUGCGUUAAGGCAGUGA